CUGUAUGUUGUAACCUACAGAGAGACACGCGCUGGUUAUGUUUUGUGUGUGCUGUUGCUGAUAAAGAUAUUCAAUAAAAAGCAGGACUUUUAUUUUUCCAUUCAGCAGCGCCUGAUGCUUUUAUUUGUCUGUCUGACAGGAAGCAGUAGUUCUCAUUGUGUCACAUUGAUCCUGAUCUGCAGUCGCUUCAUGUCUCUGUCAGCAGCUUGUUUGUGUCCGCGCGGCGUUUUCUUUUAUUUGUUUGUUUGUUUGUUGACGUCACUCUGACGCUGCAGCGGAUUACAGUUCCGCGCGCGGCUGUUUAACGACUCACGGAGAGUCUGACCAGGACACCGGAACACCGGGACUAGGUAACCACGCCUCAUCCAGGUCUCCCAGUGUCCCCUAACCUGCCCAUCCCAGUGUCCCCUACCCUCCCAGUUUACCCAGUGUAACCCUCCCCUCUCAGUGUCCCCUACCCUCCCAGUUUACCCAGUGUACUCCUCCCCUCCCAGUGUCCCCUAACCUACCCCUCCCAGUGUCCCCUACCCUACCAGUGUCCCCUUCCCUCCCAGUGUACCCAGUGUCCCGUACCCUCCCAGUGUACCCAGUGUCCCCUACCCUCCCAGUGUCCCCUGCCCUCCCAGUUUACCCUACCCCUCCCCCUGCCAGUAUGAGCGUGCAGCCCCGGAGGAUCCGUCUGAAGCCCUGGCUGCUGGCCCAGGUGAACAGCGGCAGGUAUCCCGGUCUGCAGUGGAUCAGUCCAGACCACCGACUCUUCCAGAUCCCCUGGAAACACGCUACACGCCACACACAGGCCGCAGACGAGGAACACACCAUCUUCAAGGCCUGGGCCGUGGAGACAGGGAAGUAUCAGGACGGCGUGGAUGAGCCCGACCCUGCCAAGUGGAAAGCUAACCUCCGCUGCGCUCUGAACAAAAGUCGAGAGUUUCAGCUGAAAUACGACGGCACCAAAGAGACGCCGGUCCAGCCGUACAAGAUCUACGAAGUCUGCGAGCAGAGCGGGAACACAGACGGAGCAGAUGAGGAUGACGAGGAGAUGCCGAAUCUGAUGGAGCUCACGAUCAACCCCCGGCCCAGCGAGCCCCCCCUCUUCAGCUUCGCGGCCCACGCAGACGUCCGUCCCUUCAGUCUGUCCUCUGACGGGACGUUUGGUCCCGUGACCCCCGGCCUCCCUGUGACCCCUGACCUCCAGGCUCAGGGUGGUGGGGUGGGGGGGGGGCAGAGCUUCGUCUCUCUGCCCCCCCCGGCUGAGUCCGCCCCCCCUGGCCCCGCCCCCAUGGAGGCUAGCAGCAUGGAGGACGUCCAGAACCAAACGCACUGCAAGUACGACCUGCUGAGCAGCGUCCCGCUAACGGACCUGGAGCUGAAGUUCCAGUACCGCGGCCGGCCGAUGGGCUGCCUGACCGUCAGUAACCCUCAGGGCUGCCGGCUGUUCUUCGGGCUGCUGGAGCCGACCCCGGAGCAGGUGGACCUGCUGGGGCCCGUCAGCCUGCAGCAGGUCCGGUUCCCCGGCACCGCUGAUCUGCAGAACCACAAGCAGAAGUUCUACACGGACGCCCUGCUGGACGUGAUGGAGCGCGGCCUCAUCCUGGAGAUCUGGCAGCAGGACAUCUACGCCGUGCGCCUCUGCCAGUGCAAGGUGUUCUGGUCCGGCCCGGGAGUGUCCGAACAUGGAGGCCCAAACCCCAUGGAGCGGGAGAAGAAGAUCAAAGUGUUCAGCCUCAACGACUUCCUGCAAGGGCUGAUCCUGUUCCACCGAGGGGAAGCUGAGAGCCCGCCCCCCUUCGACAUCUUCUUCUGCUUCGGAGAGGAUUGGCCCGACAAGAAACCCAAAGAGAAGAAGCUCAUCAUCGUGCAGGUGGUGCCGGUGGUGGCCCGGAUCCUGACAGAGAUGUUCUCUGGAGAGCUGAGCUGGUCCACCGACAGCAUCCGGCUGCAGAUCUCCAACCCAGACGUCAAGGACCAGACCGUGGAGCAGUUCAAGGAGCUGCAGAGGCUGCUGCAGAGCCAGCACAUCCAGGGCCCCUGGGCCCCCGCCGGGCCCUGAACACACCAUCCCGGGACCCUGAACGCACCAUCCCGGGGCCCUGGGCCCCCGCCGGGCCCUGAACACACCAUCCAAGGGCCCUGGGCCCCCGCCGGGCCCUGAACGCACCAUCCAGAGGCCCUAAACACAGCAAUCUUUAGGGAAAAAAGGAAUCUUCACAUUAACGGUACAGAUGUAAUGAAAACACCGACGCUGUUUAAAGCAGAAGAGUCUGACUCUGACAGUUUGUCCUCACCUGUCUGCCUCGUCAUCAUCUUCAGCUGCAGGACUCGGGGGGAGAGAGAAUCUGUUGUCUAUACAGUUUAAAGGAAAGCUUUGGAUGGUUUCAGACAUCCAAAUAUAUAUAUAUAUAUAUAUAUAUAUAUAUACGUAUGUAUCUGUGUGACUUCUCGGUUCUUCUCUUUAACACAACUACACAUUAAAACUCUGAAGUCUGGAGUUCAGAAUAAUGAAACGUCUGCAGGUCUGUUCUGGAUGUUGAUUCUGUUGGUUCUGGAUGUUCUGGAUGUUUCCGUCCCUGGGAGUUUAAUCUAAAACAAGUUUUAUUAAUAUGAAGACUUCCAGAUGUGUCCUGUAACAUCAGUGUUCAGGAUUUCAAUAAACAGCCGCAGUAUUCAUUCAUACA